GAAUGAAAUACUCGGUAAGUUAGACUGUGGUUAAAAUAAAUCCUCUAUUCUACUUUCUUUUUCUGGGUAUCCAUCCAGGGUCCCUUGGGGUCCUGGAACCGUUUAGGAACCAGCAUGUUAGUUCAGCACCAGUGUCUCCUCCCAGCAUGAGGUAACGCCCUCUCCAGUCAUGGAGAUAUAAACUGUUGCAUUCUGCUCCCUCCGUGCACACUUAGCAGUUCAUGAACUUAUCUCCAAGACGUCUGUUUGUCCACCCAGUUCAUUCCCGCCCAGGCUUUCCUGCUCCCAUGUUUUGAGCCCGCUCCAGUCGGAGACAGUUUACAAUGUCCACCGGGUCUCUCAGCGAUGUCGACGACGAGCUUCUGGACGGCAUCCUAAAAUUUGGCUCCUCCGGCAAAGACUCCAACGAGAGCACAGAGGAAAGCUCCAACUGCGAAGGCGCAAACGACGCGCCGAAUAAGAAACGGAAGACAGCGUCCCGGAAAACUGCAGCCAAGGGUGUGGCGCAGCAGGAGAACAAGCACGUGCAGAGGAACGCGGCCAACGCACGAGAGAGAGCCAGGAUGCGCGUCCUAUCCAAGGCCUUCUCCCGGCUGAAGACCACCUUACCAUGGGUACCACCGGACACCAAGCUCUCCAAACUGGACACCCUGCGCCUGGCGUCAAGCUACAUCGCGCACCUCCGGCAGAUACUGGCGAACGACAAAUACGAAAAUGGAUUUAUCCACCCCGUUAACCUGACGUGGCCUUUCAUGGUUGCAGGUAAGCCGGAACACGAACUGAAGGAGAUGCUGAACACCACAAGGUUAUGUGGAACAACGGCGUCCUGACCAAACCAAGCGGAAGCCUACGUUUGUUUUUUUUUAAAGGAACAAUUAUUUUCCAAGACAAAAAAAAAAGAAAAAAAAAAGAAAGGACUGUGACUGAAAUGCACGUCUCAUCUCCACAGACUUUGAGUGGGAAUAAAAGAGAGUAGCCUAGCCUAUACUCUCCCCUUCGUUCCCGUAAAGAGAAACUGAAUUUUAUUUAAAUGCAUCCUGUCACCUAUCGUUGUCUUUGCUGGUUCAAAGAUAAACCGCAUGCUUCAAAUCGCUUUUUUUAUACUCUGCAGAUGCAUUUUUUUUUUUUACUCUUUCAGGCUCGUGUUGGCUGCUGCAUUAUGAUGGAUGGAUGUGCACUGUCUCAAAUGGUUGUACAGAUUACAUGUAUAUAAAUAUAUAUUUGUAUCACUUUUACACCUA